AUGAGAGGAUGGCCUGGUUCGAAACCAGGAUUGGGUGGUUGGGGUGCGUAUAGGAGCGAUGCUGUUGAGUCUUCGGAUGAAGAGACCAUGCGAGUGGAGGGAAUUAAGAAGUCGGAAGGGGCGGAGAGUAAGUUCGAACCGUGGGACGGCUCGGGUCUGAGUCCCCGAGAGGGCGCCCAGAGAUGUGAGAUGGCGAGAUACGAUUACGGAUACUGCCGGCUGAUCGCGGUUAGAGGAUGA